AAACGAAGAUCAACACUUCACUUCCACGGCAUUGUUCCCGCGCACUAUGUACAUAGCUCAAUUGAAAUCUUCUUCUUAACAUUUCCCUCCCGUAUCUCUUUCAUAUACCGUUCUUCUAUCUGUAUCUCUCCAGGUAUCUUUCUUCAAACCAUUGACUACGCCACAGGAACGAGUAUUGAGCAAUCCACUCUUGAACUGCUUCGCAAUGGCACGCGUUAUCUCCGUCCAGGAAAUCUCCAAGCACAAUAUACCCGAAGACCUAUGGAUAGUGGUUGACGAUACUGUCUACGACCUGACAGAAUUUGCCCCAGAGCAUCCAGGAGGCGCUGGUAUAAUACAUCGAUACGCCGGACGAGACGCCACCGCUUCUUACAACGAAAUCCACGCCCCUUCCCUCAUUAAAAACACUUUACAUCCCUCGAAGAUUCUUGGAACACUCGAUCCCUCCUCCAUAACAGAAGAAUGGGCGAAACCUCCCCCAACAGUCUCGAAGUCCUUCUCUCCAGACGCGAAACCACCUCUCGAUACCUUCAUAAACACACACGAUUUCGUAUCUGCCGCGCGACAGACCCUUACUCCGAAAACAUGGGCUUUCUAUUCUAGCGCCGCCACGGAUCUGAAUACGAAAGCAAGGAACACUUCCGCAUACGCAGAUAUUGGCUUGCGGCCAAGGGUUUUGAUAAAUGUGAAGGACGUAGAUACCUCGACAAGCAUGCUGGGGCAGAAAAUGAAUGUGCCGAUAUUCUGCGCGCCUGCUGCUAUGGCGAAGAUGGUUCAUCUUGAUGGCGAGAAAGAACUAGCAAGGGGAUGUCGCGCGAAAGGGAUACCGCAGUGCGUUUCUACAAAUGCUUCGUUCCCAAUAAACGAGAUUUUUGAGUCCGUUAGUGAGAAAGGGUUGUACGGAGCUGAGGAAGGAGAGAUGCCGUUCUUCUUCCAGCUGUAUGUCGAUAAGCAGAGGGAGAAAAGUGAGAAACUUCUACAGCAGGUGGAGAAGUUAGGUGUUAAGGCUGUGUUCGUCACAGUUGAUGCUCCUGUGCCUGGGAAACGAGAGGCAGACGAGAGAGUGAAAGCAGAUGAAAGCUUGAGUACACCCAUGAGCGGAGCAAAAGCGAAGAACGAUGCGAAAGGAGGUGCUUUGGGGAGAAUUAUGGGCUCAUAUAUCGACGCUUCACUAUCCUGGUCCGAUAUCUCUUGGCUACGAAAGUCGACAAAGUUACCAAUUGUCUUAAAGGGAGUUCAGACAAACAUGGAUGUGAAGAAAGCAGCGGAUCUAGGAAUAGAAGGAAUCCUGUUGAGCAACCACGGCGGCAGAAGUUUAGACACCGCUCCACCACCAAUAUUGCUCUUACUAGAACUACAAAAGAACUGUCCCGAAGUCUUCGAUAAAAUGGAGAUCUUCGUAGAUGGCGGGGUAAUGCGGGGUACCGACAUUUUCAAAGCCUUAUGUCUCGGGGCAAAGAGUGUUGGUAUCGGUAGAGGUUUUCUGUACGCCCUCAACUACGGUCAAGAGGGCGUGGAGAAGUUUAUCGAGAUUUUGAAAGAUGAGCUUGAGACGACGAUGCGGAUGAUAGGUAUCACGGAUUUAAGUCAGGUUCAUCCUGGGAUGUUGAAUACGGGCGCGGUAGAUCAUCUCAUUCCGAGCGGAGAGGAGCAUCCUUAUGCCAAGUGGAGACCGAGGUCGAAGAUAUGAAGAACAUAUAGAGUUAAUAUAGAUUUUAAUUGCUAU